AUGAUGCUUGAGGAAGAAGAUACGACUCCUUUGGGACAGUUAAAAGCAACACAUCGAAGGGAACGCAAAGAAUUACAGUCUAAGAUAAUGAGCAUGAAACAUUCGAUUGCAAAAAAUGAUAAGAAGCGAAAGAAAGAAAUAGUUGCAGAGAUAACAAAAAUGGAAGAAGAAAUGAAAAGACGCCAUGAAGAGGAAUUAACGGAAUUAAAAUCAUCAUCUGCAGAAGCAUCUAUAGAGCCAGUUGUUGUGGAGCAAUAUCAGGAAAAAGAAAAAGAGCCACGCAUCUCAAAAGCUCAAAGAAGACGAGAAAAAAAAGCCGAACUCAAUAGGAAACGGGAAGAAGCGGUAAUGCAAGCCAAGAUUGAUGCGGAAAAUGCACCUCGGAAACUCGAAAGUGAAGCAAUCGAACGACAAUUAAUGGAUCGUGGACUUACGAUAUACAACAUUGAACCCGAUGGUGAUUGCUUGUACAGUGCUAUAGCACAUCAACUAUCAUUGGUUACUUCACAUCAGUUUAGAGGCGCAGAUAUUCGUCAAAAGGCUGCUGUUUACAUGCGAACACAUAAAGAUGAUUUUCUUCCAUUUUUAGCCGGUGAUAAUGAAGAGGCAGUAGAUGAGAUCGAAUUUGAGGAAUAUUGUAUGAAAGUUGAGAACUGCUGCACAGACGGUGGUGUUUGGGGCGGAGAACCGGAGCUUCGAGCCAUAGCUUUUGCACUAGAAAGGCGAAUUGAAGUAAUUCAGCCGGGAGGACGAGUUUUGUCUUUCGGAGAAGAAUACAACGACAGAAAACCUCUCAUUAUUACGUUUCAUCGGUUUGCCUACGAUUUAGGCGAACAUUAUAAUUCGACUGCCCCAAACGCUGUCACUAGUUUCUGUCCAAUAAAUUUCAUGGAUUGGGAUGAUGAAAGUCCUUUCUUCAAUCUUUACCAAAACAUUUGUCUCAUAUUUCGUCGUCUAUUGCGAAUUACACUAAAUUGGUUCAUGCUAAUGGUUACUGGCAAAACGGAGCUUGAAAGAAUUCUGACUUGGGAAGUCGGUAAUCGCUGUCGGAUCACAACAGAAGUGGAAAAACUCAUUGAUGAGGGAGAGCUACCAAUAAUGCCGAGAUUUUGGAAAGCUGGACAGGAAGAUAAACUUGCAACAGAAAUUGUUAUGGGAUGCUGUUCAGAAGUGGAUAAUGAACAGUUUGAAGAGAUGAGAGAUGUACUAAAGAGAUCAUUAGGCCAAAUACGUGGCUAUCGAGAAUUAUGUGAUCAUGUCGAGGAAAUGUGUAGAGAGAAGUAUGAUCCUAAGAAUGAAGCUCAUGAAAAAAGAUUGCUGAAAUUAUGGGAACUUUUAAUGCCAAAGGAAGAUCUGGAAGCUAGGUUGACGGAUCAAUGGCAGAAGAUCGGAUUCCAGGCGAGGAAGUUUUUCUCAUCAAAUUAUGAGUUUCAGAUUAAAGCAUACAUAACAGGUCGUGACCCAGCGACUGAUUUCCGAGGUAUGGGAAUUCUUUCGCUAGAACAGCUAAUUUUCUUAGCUCAGUACGAUGUCGCACAUGCACAGUCAAUACUUUCCCUUUCAAAUCAUCCUUUGUAUGGCUUUCCAAUGGCAAUAACGGGAAUCAACCUGACUGCUUUGGUUAAACGAUUACUACAGAGCGAUGCACUCAAAAUGCACUUCUACAAUACUAUUUGUGGUACACCAACAAUCGACAAUUUCCAUCAUGUUUUUUGUCAAGUGUUCAAACUGUUUUGUGCAUUUUGGACAAGAAGAAAACCGGAGCUGAUCUACUUCAAUAAAGUUAAAGAUGAUUUUGAAGCCCAGUUAACGGUCCAUUUAUGUUCAGAAGAAGCCAAUUUGGAUAAGUUAGAUGAAUACGGUUUCUCGCAACGACGUUCCAUCAUGAUUCGCAUAAAAGGCAAUCCAGUACAAACGUCCGAAACAAGUUCAAAGCUCAUAUAUUAG